AUGAGCGAGAUCGCGCCCUCGGGACCCCAGCGCGAGGUGUACACUUCUCGUCACGAAGGAGGGAGCCUCCUGACGGGCUUCGGGACUGCCGAAACGCACAAGGCGAUCCAGGAGAACAUCUACGUCAUCCUGGGUCACGGUGCCUUCCAGCGUCGCGUCCUCUUCACCGGCAUGCUGUCCGCGGUGGUGCUACUGCUGCACGCGCUGGCCGACCAGCUCGUCGCGCGCGAAUCCCGCCACUGGUGCGCUCCGCCUUACGAGCAGCACGACCUGCCCGCGGAUGCCUGGAAGAACGCGGCCAUCCCGCUAGGUCCCGACGGCGAGCCCAGCCAGUGCGACGUCUACGACCCGCCAUUCGCGAAGGGCGCCGACCAACAACGGCACGUGGUCCGUUGUGAGAAAUGGACGUACGACACCAGUGACACAGACGACAGCAUCGUGAGCCGGUGGGACUUGGUCUGCGACAGGGAGUGGCUGCUUAAGCUCUCCAAGACCGUGUACGUGGUGGGCGCCGUGCUGUUCGUGCCAGCGGCCGGACUCCUCGCGGACAGAUUCGGACGCCGGCCCGCCAUCGUGGGAAACGCCGUGGGUGCCCUGGUGUUCAGCGUGGGGGCCUUCAUAUCGGAGAGGUUCGUCAUCUUCAUCGUCAGUCGGUUCUUCGUGUCGGCCUGCAGCUGCUCGGUGCAGGUGCUGGUGUUCAUCCUGCUCUACGAGGUGACCGGCAACGAGCGGCGCGCCCUCUACGGACUGUUGGACACGGCCGUGGGAACCACGCUGCUCGGGCUUUCGAUCCACCUGCUGUCCGCCCUGGAGCCGCAGUGGUACCAAGCACACGCCAUCCUGAUCCUGCCCACGGCCAUGUUGGCCUUCUGGUGCUACUUGAUCGAUGAGUCGCCCAGCUGGCUCCUGGCGACGUGGAAGGCACGGUACGCCGAUCAGAUAAUCUUGCUGGCUGCCACUGUCAACGGCGUAGACUUAGACAAGGCGAGCGCCACGUUGAAUGCCCUCAGGAAGCAGAUAUCGAAAAGCGAACGGACGGCCGCCACCACCAUGACGACCAUGGCCGAAGGUUACAUCCAGUCGGUCCUGUUUCGGCGGCGCAUGGUGGCCGUGCUCCUGUCGUGGUUCAGCGUCAACUUCACUUACUACGGACACGUACUCCGCGCCGUCAGCAGCAACAACCUGUGGCACUGCGUGCAAGCCGCCACGCAAGCCGGGCUCUACUACGUUGUGUGGCGCAUUCUGCACAGUCACGGCCAGCGCGAGACGCUCACCGUUUUGCUCGCCGUACUCUGUCUCCUCACGGCGCUCAAGGCUAGCGUGCUGCUGCUGCUCGACGCCGACUCGCUAGGGCACCUUGAUGGAGGCGGUCGUGGAGAGCGUCUCUUCGGCGGCACUCAGCCUCAACUACGGCUACACGGCCGACGUGUUUCCCACAAUCAGCCGGAGCCUGGGCCUGUGCAUCGCGUACGCGUUCGGGCGCCUCGGAGUGCUGGCGGUCGUCACUCUCUCGCAAGUGGCCGGCAGCGAAGGCGACGCCGCCAUCAGCCUCAUAAUGAUGCUCUUCGUGCUGCUGAGCGUGAUGGCCAUUCAGUCGUUGCCGGAGUCCUUCGUGGAGAAGAGCAAACAGCAGCAGCCGAGGGCAUCGAUGAGCGAGACUGAACGCAAGGCGGUCAUCCAGGCGUCCCUGUCACCCAUGGCGCCGAUGACUCCCCCCUCACAUGACAGGCAUGGUCGCAGGAAGUCGAAGGACGCCCGUGAGAUCGUCACAAUCUAGUGUGUCGCCGCGUGAGAGACGCAAGACUUCCGGGCGUCCCGAAGGCAUCGAGGAACCCUGACUGCGAGAACGCGCCCAUUUGUUGCGCAAUGGUCUUCGAUUAUGAGACGCCCGCGACGCGGACGCUUUACAGUGCGUUUAGCUAUGUAUAUUAUUAUUGAUAAUCGUUAGUAAUGAAAGCAAUAAUUUUGUCAGAGAACGUUU